AUGCUCGCCCAACGCUCCUUUCGCCCCCUUCCGCCCUCGCCGGCCCAGUCCAGCCCGCCGUCUCCGCGAGACCUUCUUCCUCUUUCCGCCAGUCGCGCGACUCCCCCGCGUCCUUUGCCCUCGCCCGCGACACUCACCCGAUCCCGUUCCUCCGCCAGCCUCACCAGAUGCCGCCCGCUCCCCGUCCCUCCCGGCGAAGUUGAUGCCCUCGCGCCUCUGCGCAGGCUCCCCAUCCCCUUCCUCGAAGACGCGUCUGGCGCCCGCUCUCCACCGCGGCCAACAAUCGACCCCUUCGCGAGCCCACCAAAGCCUGGUGUGCGUCCGCUGCCCACGCCCGUCAGCCCCAGCUCGGACUCGGCGUCCAGUCCUCCCUUCGCCCCGACGUCUUGGCGCCAAGCCUCCGCCCACGGCCGGCAGAGCACGGGCGCGUCGCGGGCGCUGAGUCUGGACGACGUCGAGUGUUUCGGAGUGCGUCCCAAGGACGGCGACGCGCUGACCCCCGGGCACAUCGCGAAGGCGAAGAGCCAGGACUUCCAGCACGACGACCGCGACCGCCUCCAGCGCCGCGUCUCCCGGAAGGCCGCCCUCGCGAUCAUCGCGCGGGACAAGAUUGAGCAGGAGGAGGCGUGGCGCGCCCUGGUGGCGAAGAAGGGCAACCAGCACGGCAGGCUCUAGCAGGACCGACACAUCGGACAGAGAGAAGGUACGUGCACGACCUGGUUUUCAACUACACGGUGAAUAGAACUUUGUCACAGGGAAAGAGUCGUCCGCAUCCGACGAGGGUGCUGACUUUCACCGGCAGACGUCGAGCUCCCUGCGUGAUCGUACGCUAGGCUCGCGUCGUGAGCGCAACUGGGGCUCCACAUCGCA